AUGACUAUAGUCAUGGCAUCUCAAUUAACCAACGAUCUGCAAAUGAACUCUAAUGAUUCGAUGACAUUCAGUCCGGCUUUUGAGCGUGGUGUAUCGCUUUUCGACCUACUUUACAAGGAUCUGCGCAUAAAUUCAGUAAUCCCCCUAGAAUAUCACUCAGCCAUCCUAAAGUUAUCAAAACUUCUCGCCUCCUUUAUUGCAACUACCAAUCUUUAUAUUCUACAAAUGGAAGCAAUCCUGAUCAAGAAGGCCAAUGCGGCCCCCGAUGCCGUAGCGGUUGAGGAUAGUGACCGCAGCGUCAGCUACCGGGAACUGAUCGCCCGGGCCGACAUGAUCGCUGAUCAACUAGACCAAGGGUCUUUGAAGCUUGGAAGCCCGGUGUGCAUUCUGGCCGACACUGGACUACAUCAGGUUAUGGCCCAGGUUGCAGUUCUUCGCGCAGGAGGAAGCUGUGUCCCCAUCGACCCAGCUGCGCCCGAGGAUCGUAUCAAGUCGAUUCUGGAAGAUUUAAACACCAGACACCUCAUCGCUGAUAAAAGCAACAUUGACCGUGUUCAGCAGCAAAGUGCCAUUCUCAUUGAGUCGGGGCUCGAAGCAAAAAUUGACCUGGACACAAAGGCUGAGAUUACUGUUCGCACAAAUUGUCCAGAUUCUCAUCGCAGCCAUAUCAUCUUCACGUCUGGCUCCACCGGGCGACCUAAGCCAAUCCAGGUCCUUAGCAGCAGUAUUCUCCACGCUCUUAAUCACUUUCCCUUUGGGCCGCUCCUUUCCUCAGACCGAAUGACAACCCUCAUCGCCCCUGGAUUCGACAUGUCUGUCUGCGAGAUGUGGCUAACACUGCUCGCCGGCGCGACUGUGGUUCGAGUGCCCGACCUUGUGCGUGCUGAUCCACCAUCUCUGGAGGAUUUCGUGCGUAAGCACAAAAUCACCGUCAUGAUUGUGCCCACAGCCCUGUUCCAGGUCGUUGCUUUAAUUGCACCAUCCACUUUCGGUGGACUACGACACGUCGUGGUCGGGGGCGAGGCGGUCAGUUCCAGUGCCCUGCGUAAGGUACUUGAGGCCGCACCUCCGGAAAAUUUAUGGAAUGGCUACGGUCCUGCAGAGGCGACCAUAUUUGCAACGGUGGGCCGGUUGGACAAAGAGGAGAUGCGACGCCCACGCGUGAGUAUAGGACGGGCUGUUGGAGAUACGAAGAUCUACCUCCUUGAUGAGGACCUCAAUCCCGUGAAUGAGACAGGGCACAUUGGAGAAAUUUGUAUUGCAGGACCUCAGUUGUCGCCAGGAUACCUUAACCGGGCUGAGGAAAACGAAAAAAAAUUUAUCUCUGUCCCUGCAACUAGGUUGGGUGGUUCGUCAGAUAAACAUAUUCGAGUUUACAGAAGCGGCGACUUUGCCCAGUGGAGAGAUGAGAGAGGGGUCCUUGAAUUCAUCGGCCGAGCUGAUGACCAAGUUAAGAUAUCGGGGUAUCGGGUAGAGCUAGGGGAUAUUUCAUGCUGUGUCGAAGAACACCGAAAGAUUCACGCGUGCGUUGUUAAAUAUAUUCCAGAGAGCAGUGACGGGUUCCUUGAAGCCUACGCGGUCCCGUCCAACUGGGAUAGUCAGGUCUCUUCAGAAGAGCUCAUUGAUUGGGUGAAAGUAAGGUUGCCUUCAUAUAUGGUGCCGAAAAUGAUACAUAUGAAGCGCAAUUUUCCCCUAUCCCAUUCUGGAAAGGUCGAUAAAAAGGCGCUCCAGCCAGACAAUGAUGGAGAGCAACCUUGCCACCGAAAGGAGAGAAACCAUCUACAGAACGAUACAACCGACACCACAAAGAUGAAUGAUGGCGGGGAAGUUGGGGACAUGACACAAUGGCUUUUGUCGACACUCCAGGGUUUCCUCCCCAGAUCGAAGAUCACCCCGAGUGAUGACUUCUUCUCCUGUGGAUUGACCUCUCUCCAAGCCGCUCGACUUGUCGGAAAGAUUAAGCGGGAUCACAAAAGCAGCAUCACUCUGGCGCAGCUCCAUCAAAACCCAACGGUGGAGCAACUUACAAAAUCCAUGGCCAGCUCCGAUAACGACAGCUCGCAGGUCAGCUUAGAGCGUUGCGUGGAGGAUUCCAAAAACCUAGAUCCUGACCUCCUUCCCCCUGAUUGGCAGGCCAAAGACGAAGGUCGCGUGUUCCUCACUGGUGCUACAGGAUUCCUUGGUGCACAUAUACUUCAUCAGCUCCUAAUUAUGCCAUCGGUUCAGAAGGUCGCUUGCCUUAUACGGGGCCAGGAUGCUGUCGAUUCCAGCACCCGGCUCCAGCAGACACUGGAGAAGUACAAUCUUUGGGAUGACAGAGUGGAAACAACCCAGAAGAUCAUGGUUCUGCACGGCGAUAUGGCGGACCCCACUCUCGGGAUUGGAGAGAAACAAUUUAAAUGGCUCAUAAACUGGGCGAGCGUUGUCUUUCACGUCGGCGCACGGGUCAACUGGUGCCAGCCUUACGAGGCACACCAUGUGCCUAAUGUUGUGGGUACACGGAACGUCAUACGAGCCGCAAUGCUAGGCCGUCGAAAAGCUCUGCAUUACGUCUCGUCGAUUGACGUCUGGACCGUCACCGGAUUUAUCAACAAGGUGGAUCGCGUGUAUGAGGAUGAGUCGCUAGACCCACACCUAAAUGCCCUCCCAUAUGAUACCGGAUACGCGGCAAGUCAAUUCGUCGCUGAACAGAUCGUUCGACGAGCGCGUGCUAGCGGUCUGCCAACUGCAAUAUACAGACCCGGGUUUAUAAUCGGCCACAGCAAAAGCGCCCUUGCCAACGAGAAAGACUACUUCUCCCGGUUGAUCAUGGGUAGCAUUCAGUGUGGCUGCUUUCCCCAUCUGCCCGAUCAGUUCUUGGAUUAUGUGACAGUCGACUAUGUUGCGGAGGCUAUUUUGCAUAUUGCGUCCAGUCGGGAAAACCUCGGUCGUUCGUAUCACAUUGUGCCUCCUGAUAGAUCUCUGUCUGUCGGUCACGAUCAAAAGUAUGAGAUGCUUCGCGAGAUUGGAUACCCCGUGGAAAUGGUCGAUUACAAGGAAUGGGUGGAGAAGAUCCGCGACUCUCCCGGAAACGCAUUGGAACCCAUGAUGCCGUUGCUCGAUGAACCUGUUUAUGAAGGUUUGAGUCGACUGCAGACAAGCAAGAAUACUCCUGUGUAUGACCCGACGAAUACGACGCGCGCUUUGCGAGACCGACCGGAUAUUAAGUAUGUUGCUCUUGACGGACCUUUGCUGAAGCGAUUCAUCGAAAAUUGGGAGAAACGCAAAGCUUUCAUAUCUUGA